AUGGGCUCCUGCCGGCCCGGGCCGCGCGGCCCCCGCGCUCUCCGCGCCCCGCACUCCAGGUUUCCGCCCCAGCGGGGAGAGGAGCGCGGCGCGCACACACAACGCCUCUUAAAGGCUCCGCGAGAGGCUUUGGAUGGAAUCGAGGACUUCGCCUCUCGCAACUUGGCGAUGCCACGGAAUCCGCCGCUCGCGCACCACCCGGGACUCCCGGCGUAUCUUUGUGCCCACAAUGCCAGAGAAAGAGAAAAGUUGCCCGGAUUUAAAAUUAAUUGGCUCUGGCUUGGUUGGACCGCACUCGGAUCUCGCCACCUCCUCAUUUCCCGAGUCACUGGCGGAGAGGUGAUUUUUUUUUUUUUUUCCCUGAACUGGGUUUGUGUGCGUCCCCCUCAACCCCCUCCUCUCUUUUUCUUUCUCUGUCUCUGUCGUCUCUCUCGCUGGCUUUUUAAAAAUGAGGAACUGUUCCUUGAACGUUCUGGACAGAGCAUAGAAUUGCUUCUUAAGUCAGCCCGACGCGGUUGCAAUAGACAGCAAAAAGGUAAACGUUUGCCUGAAAUCCGCACGCCAGCUCCACCACCCCGCCCGAUGCUCAUGAUGCAGCUGCUGCCUGCAGAGCCCUGUGCUGCUGGGGAAGCGAGUGAGGCCUCUGCAGCAGAUGGCUGGGACAGCCAUGAGAAGACCAGGAGGUGGCCACAACAACAGUGCUUUCCAGAUGAGGCUGAGACCACAGCCAAGAUCACCACUGGAUCAUUUCUCCAUAUGUACGCAUUUUAGGAGAUCAUGGCAAGUUAAACACUUUCCCUUUUAAAAUAUGAAAAUAACUUCUUUACACAAUCUACUUUAUUUUAAAAUAUGAGGAAAAGUAAGACUGGAAAGUUGUUUAAAAGCAGCAAACCCUUUAAGAGUCAAUGUCACAUUUAUUGCUAUAAAAUAUUUUUCUCUCUCUGUUCGACAUCUGGUUCCCAUUACAUACAGUAUUGGGUACUUGAGUUCACCAGCCAUUUUGCAUACCAAGUAGUGUGCAUGUGAAAUCCCCACCGACACCCCCCCCCCCCAGUAUG